GCCAGUCGCUGAAGCUGUCACCCCAUGAGGCCGGGGGCGAGGGUAGGAGGGGAAACCACCUGCUGCCAGUGUGGCCUCCCUGGAGCCCCUCACUUACCUGGCUGGUGUCACAGGGAAUGUGGAGCACGCGGGUUCUGUGCCGAGAGCUGGUGUCAGCGGAGACCAUGUGUUGGAUUGUAUAGGAAAGCUGAUGUUGAAUGUCAGCUCACUCCUCAGACUUCGCUGAUCCAGAUGUGGCUCGCGCCAGGUUCGCAGCUGAUCCUGGGGUGUCUUCCCCAACUCUGAGUGGCCCAGGGUAUCUUGGUCUUCCCUGUCCCGACAGGACCCACUGGAAUCUCGGGGUUCCUACGUCGAUCCGGGUCUCUCCCAACACUCCGAUUACAUUCAUUUAUUUAUUUUUUUGUAAGUUGCCUUCUUCCAGCAAUAAUUUGAGGUGGCUUAGAGAAAAAUAAUAAUUCAGAGAGCUACUAAAAUCAGGGUCAUUGACUCAGAGUCCUAUAAUAAGCUUUGGAGGAGCUAAAUAUAUGAGAAAAGCCGGCCUGGGGUACUUACUGUAGAUAAAUGCAACCCUUAGCCCUGGGACGCAAGGCAGAAAGAGAUGUGUGGGACAUCUCAGAGCAUCCACGAGCAAACUAGGAAGCAUUCACCCACCUCAAGGUGUCUGCUCUGGGUGAAUCUUGGUCUCCAUGGGACUUCUCAGUUCAUCCUUUAGCGGAUUCAGAUCCCAUUAAUGAGUCUAAAAUUCUAGUAAUUCUAUGAGUCUGAGACCUUUUCAGCCUGGAGCUCACCAAAGGCACAAGCCAUGUUUCCUUCACGCCAGCAUCUCUGGCCUCCAGCAUGGGGUCUGGCUCACAGAAGAUGCUCGGGGAGAACCUACUGACUUCCAUCCAUAUGGCUUCUGUAGAACUCACUGAAUGAAUGGAUGGCUGAGUAAAUAAUAUGGACCCGUGAGUCCUCGGGAGUGAAGGAUGAGGGCAGGAGGGACAAGUGGUAUUUUCUCACAUUUUCCAGGAGAUUUCUUCUCACUGUCAGGAUGCUCAUUGGAUUAUACACUCCUUGCCAUUUAUUAUGUAAGGACUAAACCUCUUCCCCAUUUCUCCUUCACCUCCUUGUGGUGAGAAAAUAUCUUGGGUCCGUUUCUUCCCACAGAUCUCCUUGAAACUAAUGUAUUUCCUUCCUUCCUUCCUUCCUUCCUUCCUUCCUUCCUUCCUCCCUCCCUCCCUCCCUCCCUCCCUUCCAAUAGACUUCAAGUAGACUCUUGAUACUGGAAGAGCUAAAAGGUCUUCACUGGAGCCUUCAUGAUGUGCAGUUGAGAAUGAAUAAUUCAUAGCUACGUUUAACCACUAACCAGAAGUUAUUGCAGAUUUUCUCUAUUACACGAGAUUCCUCAAACAUGAUUCAUCUGUGGAUCAUUCCGCUUUACCUUUCAGAAGCUAUCACUGUGGACUUUUCUUCCCCUGCCACCCGAUCUUAAGUGACUGUUUCCAGAAAUUACUAUUUCAGUAUCCACGGCGUGUGCAACCUACAGCCUUGUCUUGUGAAGCCCCGUCCGGCUGCCUCCCCCCACCUCCACUAUCAUGUUACACCGAGAACUAUUUCAAGUCCUGCUCCCCCAAGACAGAAUCCUUCUGGUCUUUUCCGGUGACCAACAUCGGCUUCCUCCUUUUCUGAGAAUGACGACAUUAAGUAUUUCAUUCUGUCCAGAGACUUCAGUCUCAGUUUCCUGUGUCUCCUAUUAAUAGGAGGACCAAGUAAUGUAACAUCUAAAUGGAACACUUGCAAGGGAAAGGCAGUGUUAUUAAUAGAUGCUCUAAAACAUGGGGCUGAUCCCAACGUACGGUCAAGAUCUGGCAUCAGUCGCAAAUACUGAGAGCAGAGGUUAACAAUAGCCUUUGGAGAUCAACUCCUCCAAUUCUGUUUGGUUGUUUGUUUUGGGCCCCAGGGGGCUCUGGGGUCCACCCAGCCCAGCCCAGUGUUAUACAAGCCCAUGGAGACCCUGUCCCCUCAUGGAUGUUAGAGCUCCCAGGGGACACCAUCAAACUCACCACAGAACUGGUGGCCCGUGUUUGUGAGCCAGCAUAGCACAGCCUGUCUUCUCUGCCUUUUCCUCCCUCUUCGUCCCCUCCUCUGCCCUCCCCCUCUGCUCCUUCCCCUUUGGGUCUACAUUCCUUCACUCUGCCCCUCCCCCACCUCCUCCCCCCUCCGCGCCUCCCUCCUCUCACUUUUCUCUUUUUGUCUCCUUCUCUCCAUUUGUCACUCACACUGUCUUCCUUUCCCUCUCUCUCCCAAAAUGGCUCUUCCAGCUUUGCUGGAGAGCAGCUCAAAAGAGUAGUACUGCCAACGUUAGCUUCUCCUUUAAAGGAAAAGUUUGUAUUUCCAACCGGAGCUUGAUUCUCCCUCGUGACUUAGAAGCUGUCUUUCUCCCAUUGCAAGUGGCCGAGGGCUGGUCUGUUUCUCAUGAGUGUCUUGGGUGGGAGGUUCUGGUUUCAGGUGUCCCAGAGGACAUGUUUUCCAGGGCAUGGCGACCGCACAGCCUGGGGGGUUGCACGUGGGGGUGGCGUGGGGACGGGUGGCAUUCGGAGCAGUGACCGGGACAAACCUGGGAGGCAUCUGCUUGUUACAGAGCACGUUACGGUUGAGAUAAAUGAGGCACCGUGACCACACUGCUACAUAAACCUAGGCGUCUGAGAUUUUGGAGUUUGGCUCUGCCAGGAUCAUUACAGGAAGGACAAGGUCAGGAUCGGUGUCUAACUAAUCAGAGAGCCACAGCUAUUGUGGGUGUGCCACGAGGUGAGGAGAGAAGAGACUGGUUAGAAACUGAGGGACAUGCCUGCCCAGGGGAAGGGAGGCCAGGUGUGCAGCUGGCUUAGACGUUUCUAGAUGAAAUGGGCUCAACAAUGUUCUGAAAAGCAUGAACUGCGAAUGGACGGUGGUGAUGUACAAGGAACCGUGGGGCUGGAGAGCAGUGUGGGACCCAAGGACUUUGGGCUCCAGUUCCGACACCAUCUUCUGAGAUGACUUCGAUUCCCAGAAUACCCUUGAUGCUACUCCUGCUGCUGUCCAUCUUGAGUUCUGCAAAAGCUCAGGUUAAUCCAGCCAUAUGCCGCUAUCCUCUGGGUAUGUCAGGAGGCCACAUUCCAGAUGAGGACAUCACAGCUUCCAGUCAGUGGUCAGAAUCCACAGCUGCCAAAUACGGAAGGCUGGACUCAGAAGAAGGGGACGGAGCCUGGUGCCCUGAGAUUCCAGUGGAACCUGAUGACCUGAAGGAAUUCCUACAGAUUGACUUGCACACCCUGCACUUUAUCACUCUGGUGGGGACCCAAGGGCGCCAUGCUGGGGGCCAUGGCAUUGAGUUUGCCCCCAUGUACAAGAUCAAUUACAGUCGGGAUGGCACUCGCUGGAUCUCUUGGCGGAACCGGCAUGGAAAACAGGUGCUGGAUGGGAACAGUAACCCCUAUGACAUUUUCCUAAAGGACUUAGAGCCACCCAUUGUGGCCAGAUUUGUCCGCUUCAUUCCAGUCACUGACCACUCCAUGAAUGUGUGCAUGCGAGUGGAGCUUUAUGGCUGUGUCUGGCUAGAUGGCUUGGUGUCUUAUAAUGCUCCAGCUGGACAGCAAUUUGUACUCCCUGGAGGCUCUAUCAUUUAUCUGAAUGAUUCUGUCUAUGAUGGAGCCGUUGGAUACAGCAGCAUGACCGAAGGGUUGGGCCAGCUGACAGAUGGGGUGUCGGGCCUAGACGACUUCACUCAGACCCAUGAAUACCACGUGUGGCCAGGCUAUGACUACGUGGGCUGGAGGAACGAGAGUGCCCCCAGUGGUUACAUCGAGAUCAUGUUUGAAUUUGACCGCAUCAGGAAUUUCACCGCCAUGAAGGUGCACUGCAACAACAUGUUUGCUAAAGGUGUGAAGAUUUUCAAGGAGGUGCAGUGCUACUUCCGCUCUGAAGCCAAUGAGUGGGAACCUAACGCCGUGUCCUUCCCCCUUGUCCUGGACGACGUCAACCCCAGCGCUCGCUUUGUCACGGUGCCCCUCCACCACCGCAUGGCCAGCGCCAUCAAGUGCCAGUACCAUUUUGCUGACACCUGGAUGAUGUUCAGUGAGAUCACCUUCCAAUCAGAUGCGGCCAUGUACAACAACUCUGGAGCCCUGCCUACCUCACCUGUGGCGCCCACAACCUAUGAUCCAAUGCUUAAAGUCGAUGACAGCAACACUCGGAUCCUGAUCGGCUGCUUGGUGGCCAUUAUCUUCAUCCUCCUGGCCAUCAUUGUCAUCAUCCUCUGGAGGCAGUUCUGGCAGAAGAUGCUGGAGAAGGCUUCCAGGAGGAUGCUGGAUGAUGAAAUGACAGUCAGCCUGUCCCUGCCCAGUGAGUCCAGCAUGUUCAACAACAACCGCUCUUCAUCGCCAAGUGAGCAGGAGUCCAAUUCCACUUAUGAUCGCAUCUUUCCCCUUCGCCCUGACUACCAGGAGCCAUCGAGGCUGAUACGAAAACUCCCAGAAUUUGCACCGGGGGAGGAAGAGUCAGGCUGCAGUGGUGUUGCAAAGCCGACCCAGCCCAGCGGGCCCGAGGGGGCGCCCCACUACGCGGAGGCUGACAUUGUGAACCUGCAGGGGGUAACCGGAGGCAACACCUAUUCAGUGCCUGCUGUUACCAUGGACUUGCUUUCAGGAAAAGACGUGGCUGUGGAAGAGUUCCCCAGGAAACUCCUAACGUUCAAGGAGAAGCUAGGAGAAGGCCAGUUUGGGGAGGUUCAUCUCUGUGAAGUGGAGGGGAUGGAAAAGUUCAAAGACAAAGAUUUUGCCCUAGAUGUCAGUGCCAACCAGCCUGUCCUGGUGGCCGUGAAAAUGCUCCGAGCAGAUGCCAACAAGAAUGCCAGGAACGAUUUUCUUAAGGAGAUAAAGAUCAUGUCCCGGCUCAAGGACCCAAACAUCAUCCGCCUCUUAGCUGUGUGCAUCACCGAGGACCCUCUGUGCAUGAUCACUGAGUACAUGGAGAAUGGAGAUCUCAAUCAGUUUCUUUCCCGCCACGAGCCCCCCAGUUCUGCCUCCAGCAACGCACCCACUGUCAGUUAUGCCAACCUGAAGUUUAUGGCUACCCAGAUAGCCUCUGGUAUGAAGUACCUUUCCUCUCUUAAUUUUGUCCACCGAGACCUGGCCACACGAAACUGCUUGGUGGGUAAGAACUAUACCAUCAAGAUAGCUGACUUUGGGAUGAGCAGAAACCUGUACAGCGGUGACUACUACCGGAUCCAGGGCCGGGCAGUCCUCCCUAUCCGCUGGAUGUCUUGGGAGAGCAUCUUACUGGGCAAAUUCACGACAGCGAGUGACGUGUGGGCCUUUGGGGUGACUCUGUGGGAGACGUUCACCUUUUGCCAGGAGCAGCCCUAUUCCCAGCUGUCUGAUGAGCAGGUCAUUGAGAAUACCGGAGAGUUCUUCCGGGACCAAGGGAGGCAGACCUACCUCCCCCAGCCUGCCAUCUGCCCUGACUCUGUGUACAAGCUGAUGCUCAGUUGCUGGAGAAGAGACACCAAGCAUCGUCCUUCGUUCCAGGAGAUCCACCUUCUGCUCCUUCAGCAAGGGGACGAGUGACGCUAUCACUGCCUGGCGACAUUCCGAUGGCCCAGGUCCUUCUCACGAGACCUACCACUCACCCACGCCUAAGCCACUCCAUCCGGACGUUGAAUGGGCCCGGGAGACGGAGGCUUAUUCACUUCUCUGUCUCUGUCCCUGGCCUGCCUUCACUCCACUCCCCCACUCUCUACCCCUGACCCAUAUAUACUCUUUUUUUUUUUUUUUACAUUAAAGAAGUCAAAAAGAAAAAAAAAAUCCUAGGAAAGAUAAAAUCUAGUAAAGAAAUCUUACUUAAUAUACCAAAGUGUUGGAUAGCAAGCUAGACAAUUUAGAUAAUUUAUAAAGGUUAAAUAUGCUAUGUUUAUAAAUGUGCAGAUGAUACAAUAUUUUUUCCAUGUCACCUUUCAAAAUGUAUCUUCAGAAAGAAAAAACUUGAAGAAUACUGAUAUCUUAGGAAACGUGGGAUUAAGCUUAGGGAAGACACUCGGUAAGCGUGGAGAAUCCGAUGAGAUGGUUGGUAUUCGGUAACUGAUCAGAGAUUUCUGAGUUUCCUAAUGUGGCCUCUGGACACGUCCUACCCUCUGCCUUUCCUUCUCCUGUCAAAGUGGAUGAUACAUGCUUGAAAAACCCCAGGUUCUCAGAAUGGGUGUUUUGUUCAUUUUGUGGGCGGGGUCAAGGGGGAGGUCUAGAUGCAUAGGAAAUACAGAGAGUGUGUGUAGGAGAAAGCGUACCGCAAGGCCGUGUGAAGGGGAAUCGUCAUUUGCCAAAAAAGUACCUUGUGCGUGGAAGGGUUCCUGAACAGAGAAUGGACAUAGGAAAAGAAGUCUAUGGAGGGCAGGUACACGUGGACUAUUCCCUUGUGAUUUCUGCUGAGGGUCUCCCACUUGCUCAGAUAUUUUCAGGCACGUGUUUCAGUGAGAGCCUGGUGUUGAAUCAGUAGAGACUGGUGUUUUGAUAUCUGGACCAUGGGUCCUUUGGUUCGUCUUUUCCAAGUCUUUCAGCUCUUUUAUUAGGUGCCUCCCCUAGGGGACCCGUGGGCUGGGGUGUGUGUGUGAAUUUCUCUGGCACGAAUACCUGAAGGCCCUGUGGAGUAGGGAGUAGGUCUGUUCUGAGUGUUUCCAAAAUGUUGACCUAGGGCCAACGAGGGAAAGUCGCAAAGAGAUAGCUUUCCACUCCUUAUUAGAGCGAGCAUAACCAACAGAACACACGAGGGUGAACGGGUCAUCUCCAGAGGUCGGGGGGAGUCCUUUGUUGCCGAAGAGUUUCAGAUGCAGGCUGAGGAGCCAGGCAAGAAAGAGAGAGGCUUUGAAACCCAAGGUAAAUGGUUGUAUGAGAUGGUUGACCCUCCGAGUCCUUGAUUGCAGAGAGGCACAGGGUGAGCGUGAGAGAGAAGUCCCUCACUGCUCCUGCUUCGUGUGGAGGCUCUUACCCCAGCGGAUGGUGCGGCCAGCAGGAAAGAAAUCCUGGGGUUCUGGGUUCAGAAGCCACGGAAACUGAUACACUAUUUAGUAAGAGUCCCCUUGGAACAGAUGAUGAGCUCUCUCCUCCACGAGGCCUCAGACUUCAUGAGAAGCAGGAAAAGGUGCCCCUCCAUUCCCUCCGAGGGAGCAACAAGAAAAGGUUACAGAAUACGCUUCCCAAGUGUAAGAAAUAGUCUUGAGAUCUUGGGUCUGCUUCCCUAGCUCUCACCCGGCCCCCUGUGCACAGUCGCUCAGGGACUUGACUGUCCUCCCUGGUUCGGCCUUUAACAUCUCUCCAGGCUACCGCAGAAGCCAAGUGCCCAAGUCCCCCAGACGGUCUUGUGACCCGAGCAGACACCUUCUCCCAUAGCUGCCCUUCGACUCUGGGCUCCAGUCCCUGCCAGGGCUAACUCUGCCGAGAUCAUUGGCGUGGGGGUCAGGAGAGCGUUGGCUUGGAGCUCUGAUCCUACUUCUGCCUCAAGCCAAGUGUGUUAUUCUUCACACUUUCUGGAAUCACUUCACCUUUCCGGACUUUACUUUCCCUAGCCGUCAAGUGAGGGGAUGGGGUUAGACGGCCUUGAAACCUCGCCCAGUUCUGAUAGGUUCAGUGCUGGCUGGGUAAUUGCAUCUAGAGUUGACGCAGAGUCUGUCAUCUGGUCACGUGGUUGUCCUGCUCUGCCGAUCGCGGUCAGCAAAAGCAAUGAUGCGGGGAACGCACUGUCAUAGUCAUAGUAACAGCGGCCACUUGUACAGCGCUUUCAAGUUCAUCAGGCAUUUCCAUAGACAUUAUCUCAUCUGACAUGUGCAGGGCCAGACACAUUCUCCUACGUCCCAGGACCUGUCACACUGCUUUCAAGACCAGUGUUAACUUCAUGUAUCCGAGAGCUCUCUAGAGAAACAGAACCAAUAGGAUAUAUAUGUAUACACACACACACACACACACACACACACACACACACACACACACACAAAUUUAUUAUAAGGAUUUGGCCCAUGUGAUUAGGAGGCUCAAAAGUCUCACAAGCUGUCCCCUGCAGCUGCAAACCCAGGGAAGUGGGUGGGGGGCCCAGUUCCGGGAAAACGGAGGACAGAAGACGGACGUUCAAGUUCAGCAGUCAGGCAGAGAGAGCAGACUCCCCUCCUCUGUCUUUUGCAUCUUUUCCUGAGCGGCCCACACCAGAGAGGGCAGUCCUUUUCACUCAGUGCACCAAUUCAGAUGCUGAAGUCCUCUGGAAACACCCUCACAGAGGCACCCAGAAACCCUGUUUCAUCUGGGCACAUUGACACGGAAAUUUCAUCACCUCGCUGCAGGUGAAAUCCAGGCCUACGGCCUAUCCUCCAUUUUGCACCUGCCUCUGGUAGACCCACAGGCAGCCCGCGCCCGCGGCUUCUUAUGUGGCCAGAGAGAAUAACAUCAUCUUCCCGUCUUUGCCUAAUCUCUCCACUUCUUUCUUUUCACAUUUCUGCCUCAAACCACCGCACACAUUCCAUGAUGCCCCGUAUAAAAAGAAAAUCAUACUGGAGAUAAACUGAACGUGUCUGGAUUUUCCUGGCCUUGAGCCACAGAGUAAUUGGUUUCAUGUGGCUCCCAAGCCCGUUCAGGAGGAACGGAGGAAGAAGGAGGAGGAAGCUUUCUGGCACUGAGACUCCUACCUUAGAGACCCUGCUCUAGCUCCUAGCCCGGCCAUGCCCGCAGAGCCUCGCUGCACGGACCAAAGAAACCCAAUAGCAGGACAUGGUGAAGAAGGCUUAGUACGUAGAAUUUCAAAGUAGCUCAAACUUCGAUGAGAAGAACGUAGCUGGGAGCUUUGAGAAAAGGAGAUAGGAAAGGGGACAGCGAACCACGGAGGCCUUGUUAACCUUCGUAGUGAGUCAUCCCCUUCGUGAUAGAUAUGAGCUACUUCAUAUCCAGAUUGUGUUUGGGGAUCGUCAGAUUUCACGUUGUACUUUUGCUGGUGAAUGUGCUGCUAACUAGGUCCAAAUCUGGAUGUGCUGUCCAGACGCCUGUGUGAUCAGAAGGGAUCUGGAAUGGAAGGAGGCACAGAGGGGAAAGUGUGGUCUUGAUGCUGUGGAAAGAUCACGUACAAGUACACAAGACAGUAUGAGGAAGAGCAUUAUAUGGAAAAGGAGUAACAAACAAAGAAAAAGAAUAAAUGAAUGUGCAUGUGCCUGAGUGGGGAGGCGGGUGGGGACUAGAAAGAAGGCUACACAAAAAAAGGUAAGGGAGAGUGCAGGGGAAGGACCCUGGGCGAGUCAGGGCGGCAAGGCAGAAACAGGUGGGGCAGGUGAGAAUCCAUGCCGAAGCAUGAAAGCAAAUCUCAGAAGAGAGAUCCGAGAGAGGGCAGAAAAUGUAAGUGUUAUUGGAGAUAAAAGGUAAAUAUGUGUAGGGAAAGAAAUUCUGGAUGACAGAGAUGAUAAAAGUAUUUAUUAAAAAAUGAAAAGUCAGGUGCUGUGUAUGAAAAGGAAGGGAGCUUUUCAGAGUUUUGGGAAAGGGAAGGUCCUUAUAAAAACACAUAAGCAACCGUCAAGGAAUGAUCUAAUUUCAGACGGGGGUGGGUGAGGGGGCACCCCGUCGAAGUGUAUUCUGGGCCCUGCAGGUGCUGGGUAAACGGUGGUGGGAAGAGAUCGUUCCUUUGCUUGAACUGGACUGUGUUUCCCAAGUGCUGCUUUGGAAAUGAUUUAUGGCAGUUCACGGGGCGUUGUUUCCCUUCCCUCGCUUCUGUUGAUCAAAUCCAUUUAAAAUAAUGCCCAUCACUGCUGUGCCCAGAAAAGCCACAGGGAAACACUGAAAUAAUAGGCCGAAGUUAGACAAGACCAAAUCUCACUUGAUAUCUAUGCAGAGAGGUAUACGCCACGUUGGAACCAAGUGUUUCUCUAGUCCCAUCCAGACUUCCCACGAGGAAGCCAUGAUGUGGGGCUGAGCCAUAUGUUUUGAGUAAAGGGGAACAGAAGAGGGGGAGUGUCUGCAAGAGGGAGAGAUGAAGAUAUUCCAAGGAAAUAUUCCAAAGCAGAACAGCAUCUUGUUUUGCCCAAAACUGAAAAGAAAAUGAAGAAAAUUACAGCCAGGGCCCAGAUCACUUCCAGCAUAUGGUUAAUAAGUCUUUGCUCCUAACUGGAAUUUAUGUACCUGCCGUCUUGGCCUUUUCAGUAAGAUCUCUGACCUCUGGCUGUGUAUACGGUAGGUCCCUAAAAGUUUCUGGAAUACUGAUUGCAGAUUCUGAUCUAUGCUGGGAAGUCCUUCUUGAGUUGAAAGUUAACAUUUUUAUAGAAACAGAUGAACGCCUUUUCCACUUGGUAAAUGCCUUGGAAUGCUGAAUCAAUACGGAAAGAGACCAGAAUGGUCAAUGGUGAUUGGAUUUCUGGCAUUUUUAGUUCUCUGGCACGAUUAGCUGCAUUGCUUGAUGGCAGACAAGUGGUGGGUAAUUAUUUACUUGGUGUAUCUUUUAUUUAAAAACUUGUUAUUUUGAAAUACUUUAAGACUCACAAGAAGUUAUAAAAAAGUAGAGCGGCCUUACCCUAACACCAGGCUUUCCCAUUGAUAACAUCACCUGUGACCGUAGUCUAUUCUCAAAACCAGAAAAUUGACAUUUGUAAUUCUAUUCAUUAAACUGCAGACCUCACUCAGAUGUCACCAGUUUUUUUUACAUGUAUUUAUUUAGUUUCUGGAUACUUUAUCCCUUUCUGAUUUGUAACCUGGCCCCGCGUGGGAUGCGGCAGGGAACACACUACAAUCCUACAAAAUUCUAGACAGAAUACAACAAAUUAAUGUGUUCCUUUGUCAAUAAGAAAGAUCCUGCCUAGACCGCUUCCACAUUUUCUGACUAGUUUUGCUGUUUAGCCUCUGGAGCAACCCAAAAACAACUCAGAAGGAUUUGGAAACACAAAAGACAGUGAGACCCGCACGUAGUUUGCUGGCUAGAGAAUCAGUUGUAGGACGUUCUAGAUGGUUCCUGCAGUUCCUACAAGUGGUAAGAUUUGUAAUGGUGGCAAGCAGGGGACUUAGGGUAGAUGGGUCUUUUGGUCAAGAGCUAGGUGGCACUUAGUUGAUGGCACCAGGGCUGGCUUGUGGAAGGAACAGAGUACGGUGGCAUAGGGUCCCCUAACGUGUGAGGAACACAAUUUUCAGAGUAGUGCAGACAUUUAAUUUGCCUACAUACCAAUGCUUAAACGGAAUGGCAGGUACAUUGGACCAAAUUAAAUGUAAACACAGAAGCAACUUUGGGGGCAGUUGAAACUCUGGGUUUGCGGAUCGCAGCUGUGAGUUUUGUGAUGGCAUCUUUAACGUGCCCUAUUUAAGGGUCACAAGGUGGUAACCGUGUUCACACUGCUUAGCCUGUGUCCUGUAAAGGUCCAAGCAUGUAGUGAGCACUCAGCAAAUAUUUGCCGAGUGUUGUUUUUCGAAUGAAUAAAAGAUAGAAACCGAAACUUGUCAUUCAGCGUAACUGGGGUGGGUUUAGGGAGAAUCACUUUGCUAUAUCGUAGAGGGUUUAUUUUCAAACGAAGACAGAAAAAAGAGUGCGCAGACUUGUGCCUGGUGAAGUUCAUUCUCAGUUUGUAUAUUUUCUAACGACGACACCGAUCUAUGGAAAUACCUCAUUCCUUGCGGUGUUUAGACAGCAGUUCAAGACAGUUCUCUGCGAUGCACCCCGGCAAGAGCCCCAAACCCAGCCCAGUUGAAGCUCUUUGGUUUCUCCUGCAGACACCCGGUCGAGAACUUGUAAAGGAGAAAGGUCAAAGUCCCAAGCAGGCCUGUGCUUACCCACAUUCACAAUUGCAUAUAAGGGGAGACUUUGCACAAAGACUUACUGGGAAAGCAUAAUGUGAUAAGGCAAUUACCUGUUUUCUUGCAAAGAGGCUUGGAGAUAGUUGAAAUUGGGGAGGAUUCCUGCAAACACACCAAGAGUUUGUAAUCUAGCCUAUUCAUUUUAUGCCCUUUACUUCUCAUGAUAUCCCAUUUUUUCUACCCUGUUGUCCGGUAACUUCCUAAGGGUUGAGUUUCUGAAUCAACACGGCUCACUCUUCCUACGAGGAGGGAAUAUCUGAGCCUCAUUUUGCGGGCUUUGGAGGAUGAUGUGUCUUGUCAAGGGGCAAAGAGCAAACUGAUUGAUUUCUGCUUAAAACUAUCCUAGUCAUUCCGAAACAGAAUAGGUAAAAGUUCUCUGUAUUAGAAAAGGAAACAAGAUACCAAUUGUAUAUUUUCUUUAUUUAUUCUCUGUAAGUCUGUCAGAUGAUAAAUUGUAAAUAACAAUGAUUAAAGAAAUACGCUACUGA